GAGAGGCUGGCGCGCCGGGCGGCUCCGCGAAUCCUCCGGCAUCCGCCCCGGCGGGCCGCCCCCGCCCGCGGCAGCCCCCAGACCAGCGGCCCGGCACCGGCACCCUCCCGGCGGGCCAGAGCGAAUCAUGGAGCUCCGCGUGGGGAACAAGUACCGCCUGGGCCGGAAGAUCGGGAGCGGUUCCUUUGGCGAUAUCUACCUGGCUUCUAGAGAUAGCACCGUGCUAUCACACACCAAGAAACAGGAACAUCAUGGUCAGAUUAGCCGCAUUGAGUACAUCCACUCCAAGAACUUCAUACACCGGGACGUCAAGCCCGACAACUUCCUCAUGGGGCUGGGGAAGAAGGGCAACCUGGUGUACAUCAUCGACUUCGGCCUGGCCAAGAAGUAUCGGGAUGCCCGCACCCACCAGCACAUCCCCUACCGGGAAAACAAGAACUUGACUGGCACUGCCCGCUACGCCUCCAUCAACACCCACCUGGGCAUCGAGCAAAGCCGUCGAGAUGACCUGGAGAGUCUGGGCUACGUGCUCAUGUACUUCAACCUGGGCUCCCUGCCCUGGCAGGGCCUCAAAGCGGCCACCAAGCGCCAGAAGUACGAACGGAUCAGCGAGAAGAAGAUGUCGACGCCCAUCGAGGUCCUCUGCAAAGGCUACCCCUCUGAGUUCUCAACAUACCUCAAUUUCUGCCGCUCCCUGCGGUUCGACGACAAGCCCGACUACUCCUACCUGCGACAGCUUUUCCGUAACCUCUUCCACCGGCAGGGCUUCUCCUACGACUACGUCUUCGACUGGAACAUGCUCAAAUUCGGUGCAGCCCGAAACCCCGAGGAUGUGGACCGGGAGCGGCGAGAGCACGAGCGCGAGGAGAGGAUGGGGCAGCUCCGAGGGUCUGCAACCCGGGCCCUGCCUCCCGGCCCGCCCACGGGGGCCACUGCCAACCGGCUCCGCAGUGCUGCCGAGCCUGUGGCUUCUACUCCAGCCUCCCGCAUCCAGCAAGCUGGCAAUACUUCUCCCAGAGCGAUCUCACGAGUCGACAGAGAGAGGAAGGUGAGCAUGAGGCUACACAGGGGCGCUCCUGCCAACGUUUCGUCCUCCGACCUCACCGGGCGGCAAGAGGUCUCCCGGAUUUCAGCCUCACAGACAAGCGUGCCAUUUGACCAUCUUGGGAAGUGAGGAGGAACCACCAUUGGACCAGUAUUUGCUUAGUGUCUUCACUGUAUUUUCUUUUGAAAAAACAACAACAAGA